UUCUGUGUUUUUUAACUGUCUAGACUACAUGCAUGUAGUGUUUUUCAUUGCAGUUUAAAUUUUCCAAGUCAUGAUAAACUUGUUUUAAUCCUUUCCUCUGGCUUUCUUAUUAGUUUGAAUAACUGUAGAUUUGUGAGCAUGCAUUCAUGCAUGCCUUGUCUCAUUAUUUGUUAUCUAAUAUCUAUCUCUUAAAUUGAAGAAGCAAAACAAAAAAAAAAAAGAAAAAAAAAAUGUGGAAACUGAAGAUAGCAGAAGAUGGUCCAUGGCUGAGGACAGUUAACAAUCACAUUGGAAGACAGCAUUGGGAAUUCGAUCCAAACGCAGGAACUCCAGAAGAACGAGCCCAAGUGGAGAGGCUUCGUCUUGAAUUUAACAAGAAUCGAUUUCGACUCAAACAAAGUUCUGAUCUCUUCAUGAGAAUGCAGCUUACCAAAGAAAAUCCAUGCGGGCCACUUCCUCCACCGGUGCAAGUCGACGAUAAACAAGUCGUGACAGAGGAAGCAAUAACAAUUACUCUGAGAAGGGCUAUCAUUUUCUAUUCAUCUCUUCAGGCCCAUGAUGGGCACUGGCCUGCUGAAACUGCUGGGCCUUUGUUUUUCCUUCCUCCUUUGGUAAUGGCUCUAUAUGUUACUGGGGACCUCAAUGCAGUAUUAUCUCCUGAACAUCAAAAGGAAAUCAUUCGCUAUAUCAAUAAUCAUCAGAAUGAAGAUGGAGGUUGGGGACUACACAUUGAAGGUCACAGCACAAUGUUUGGAACAGCAUUAAGCUAUAUUGCUUUGAGGCUGCUGGGAGAGGGGCCUGAAGACGGUGAGAACAUGGCCGUGGCUAGAGGUAGAAAGUGGAUACUUGACCAUGGUGGUCUGGUUGGAAUUCCAUCUUGGGGAAAGUUCUGGGUCACGGUACUUGGAGUGUACGAGUGGGCUGGUUGCAAUCCUUUGCCUCCAGAAUUCUGGCUUCUACCUAAAUUCUUACCUAUCCAUCCAGGCAAAAUGUUAUGCUACUGUCGAUUAGUUUACAUGCCAAUGUCAUACUUGUAUGGGAAGAGGUUUGUUGGUCCAAUCACUGGUUUGAUUAAACAACUGAGGCAAGAGCUAUACAAUCAACCUUACCAUGAAAUAAACUGGAAUACAGCUCGAAACACUGUUGCCAAGGAGGACCUUUACUAUCCACAUCCUCUUGUUCAAGAUCUAACAUGGGGAAUUCUCUACCAUGUUGCCGAGCCAUUAUUAACGCGCUGGCCCUUCUCUAUGCUAAGAGAUAAGGCAGUAAAAGUUGCGAUUCAACAUGUACAUUAUGAAGACGAGAACAGCAGAUACUUCUGCAUUGGAUGUGUAGAAAAGGUAUUAUGUCUAAUAGCCUGUUGGGUUGAAGAUCCUAACUCCAAAGCAUAUAAAUAUCACUUAGCAAGAUUGCCAGAUUACUAUUGGAUUGCAGAAGAUGGCUUGAAAAUGCAGACUUUUGGUUGUCAAAUGUGGGAUGCAGCUUUUGCUAUUCAGGCAAUCAUGUCAGGUAAUCUAAGUGAUGAAUACGGCCCAACUCUUCGUAAGGCACAUGACUUCGUAAAAGCUUCACAGGUACGAGAAAACCCUUCUGGCAACUUCUCGGCUAUGUACAGACACAUAUCAAAAGGUGCGUGGACUUUCUCCACCCAAGAUCAUGGAUGGCAAGUCUCUGAUUGCACUGCAGAAGGGUUAAAGUGUGCACUAUUGUUUUCACAAAUGUCAAAUGACCUUGUUGGACAAAAAAUGGAAACAGAGCGGUUCUAUGAUGCUGUCAAUGUCAUUCUUUCCCUACAAAGCAACAAUGGUGGUUUCCCAGCCUGGGAGCCUCAAAGAGCAUAUAGUUGGCUGGAGAAGUUCAAUCCUACUGAGUUCUUUGAAGACACUCUAAUAGAAAGAGAGUAUGUAGAAUGUACUUCUUCAGCAAUUCAAGCCCUUGCACUCUUUAGAAAACUGCAUCCUAAGCAUCGGAGGGUUGACAUAGAUCAUUCCAUUGCAAGGGGAGCUCAGUACAUUGAAGAGAUACAAAAUCAAGAUGGUUCAUGGUAUGGUUGCUGGGGAAUUUGCUACACCUAUGGUACAUGGUUUGCCGUGGAAGGGCUGGCAGCCUGUGGCAGAAACUACCACAACAGUCGCGUUUUGCGCAAAGCUUGUGAAUUUUUAUUAUCAAAACAGCUGCCAAAUGGUGGAUGGGGGGAGAGUUACCUUUCUAGCCAAAACAAGGUAUAUACCAAUUUGCAAGGCAACCGUGCAAAUUUGGUCCAGACAGCGUGGGCUUUGUUAUCCCUCAUUGAUGCUGGACAGGGUGAUGUUGAUCCUACACCCAUUCAUCGUGGAAUAAAAGUCCUGAUUAAUUCACAGAUGGAAGAUGGUGACUUCCCUCAACAGGAAAUUACAGGAGUAUUUAUGAGGAACUGUACGCUGAAUUACUCCUCAUUCCGAAACAUCUUCCCCAUUUGGGCGCUUGGAGAAUAUCGCAGGCGCAUUCUAUCUGCAUAAAUCCCUGCAUCCUGAGCAAUAGGAUGAUAAUCCAAGAUUAUCAAUAAAAUUGAGGACAACUGGGCCACGCUGUUUGUUCCUCUGU